CCGAUACGCCUAGCGACGACGACAACGACAACCAGCCCUUCAGCGGAAUCGCCAGUUCCAUAAUUCAAGAUGACGAAGGGUACCUCCAGCUUUGGCAAGCGCCACAACAAGACUCACACUCUCUGCAGGCGUUGUGGCCGCCGCUCUUUCCACGUCCAGAAGUCGACAUGUGCCAACUGCGGUUACCCCUCCGCUAAGGUUCGCAAGUUCAACUGGAGCGAGAAGGCCAAGCGCCGCAAGACCACCGGUACCGGCCGCAUGAGGCACCUCAAGGAGGUUCACCGUCGCUUCAAGAACGGCUUCCAGACCGGCACCCCCAAGGGCGCUCGUGGCCCCGAGAGCCAGUAAAUCAAUCCCGACGUCGCGUUUUCGUUCUCGGAGGCUGGAGAGGGCUGGUAUGAUAAGGCCUGGCAUUUGAAGUAGCCGAGUUUCAAUGCAAGGCGAAAAAAGACGCUUUCCCCUGGAGUUGGUGUUGGGAUGGUCUUUCCUUUUGCCGUCAUAGCAUGUUUAUCCUAGAAUAACGACGACAAAUGAAAGACGGAAAAUUUCUUGGGGUCUUCGAAAGGGAGUAUCAAAAGGGAAAGCAUGCAUGAAUUUCCUUUCUUGUUUAUGGCUGGCGAAUAUCCCAUGUCCGGGCAGAUACAAUAUUGAGAUAAUCUCCAAUGUGAUCUGUCUACCCGCGUUCAAGCACUUCCCGCAGCGUAAGAG